AUGAUCACAGGUUUCCUACAGAAGGCGAUUGACUACGGCGCUGAUGUGUGGGACUACCGUCUGCAUUCUCUCAUGGCUGUCGUGCUCCUGGUUACAACAGGAGCCAAAGCUGCUGAUAUGCUACGUGUGAACGAGUGGAAAGGCACUACCGAUAACAGGUGUCUGCUCUGGGAACACAUCAAGAUUUAUGAGGAUCGUACCACUGGUUUCCUCCGCGCAGACAUACAAUUCGAGUUCUGCCAAAAUUCCAGCCAACGCCCAAGCGUUCGAUGCAUCAGCCAUCUAUAUGAACUGCGAGAUCCUUCUUGCGAUCAUGUAUGCCCUGCCAAGCUCCUUUUGGUCUGGGCACUCCGUACUGGUGCCGUCCACGAACAAUCCUGGGAAGAGCUUAAGGCCGCCAUCAUCAACCACCCCGACAAAACGGUUAUCUGGACCAGACCUGGGAUGCCCGUAUUCGUUUCCUCCACAUCAGCAAAAAUCGGAAAUUUUCGAAACGAAGUAUCCGCAGACCGCAGCUCCGUGUUCACUUGGCUCUCUCAGGUGGCUCAAUCCUGUGAUGACGAAGUCAUUGGGCCCAAAGCGCCCAAGAGAACACGAACCUCGAAGGAUGAAGGGAAGCCUGCGACAGAUCAAUUCAAGGAGCCUGCAUCCGAUGCCCACAACAAUCUUGCCCUAGAUGAUGACGAGCAGCCCUCGCUCCUCGUGGUUAACGCAAGAUCAAACGUGUCCAGCCGCUUGUCUCUGAUCGAUGCUAGUUUCUCUGAGGAUCUCUGCCUCCUCGAGGCUGCUAAUUAA